UGAAUAUCAGCUACUUGGAUAUAUUAAAGAAUGGGACCUAUCCAAUUUUUAAUGAUACUUUAAAAUAGUAACUUUAAAUAAAUUUUCCCUAGCAUACCCUUUCAUUAAGAAUUUAGACCUACAGCAGCCCAUUUAUAGGUGGAUAGAACUGUGAUUGAAUUUGCACUAAGUCAGUACUGCAAAAAGAAGUUAUUAAAGUAAUAAGAAGUAUUUGUAAAAGAAUUUAAUACCCAUGCUUAAAUCCUAAAUUUAAUCAAAGAUACUAAAGCAUAAAAACGUUUUGACAAUAAGUAAACCCUAUUUGUGGAUUUCAAAUGCUUAAAAUAAUACCAACCUUGA